AUGUCAGCUACUCCAAUAUUUGACAAAACAGGGGUUAGCUUCUGGCGCGUCUGUGCCUGGGAGCCGCUGUCAGACCCUCGCAUCGUUCUGCACAUAAACUGGAAAACCCAAACACUCCCCAUACUUAUUGGUGGCCUCCCCAGCAAAAAGAACAGCGCAGACCUGAAGAUACAAGGCUGGAAAACUCUCCCACAGCCUUCUCUAGAUGCAAUCGUCCGAGUCAGUCCACGCGCCCAGAUUUUGCAAGGGAAUUAUCAUACACCCACAUUCUUGAUUCAUGGAACUGGUGAUGAUUUGAUCUCUUGGCAACAGUCUCAAGGUACAUAUGACGCGCUUCGUGACGCAGGGAUCACUGCUGGUUUGGCGUUGAUCGAGGGGGCUCCGCAUAUCUGUGAUCUCAGCAGUAAUCCUGAGUCAGAUGGCUGGAAGGCGGCGAUCCAGGGAAGAGAAAGGUCUGCAGUUUAA